GUUAGCUUCCUUAUCCCUAACCAUGACCACCCUUUAUGUUGCUAAUUCAUCUAACCCAAUGGCAGAUCCUGUCGCGGUUACGGUUCAAACCGGGGACGACAUAGCUGAUUUGAAAGAACUCAUUCUGGCGGAGUGGGGUCCUCGCGGUCUGGGUCUGGCACAAGAAAAUAUUCGAUUAUGGAAGCCCAAACGAAAAAUCCCCCUGGUUCACUGCGCGAGAGUGUUGGAAGAAUAUCGUCUCAAUCUUGGCGUUAUUGCCACUGCAUUGUUUGUGACUGACGAUGCCAAUUUGCUCGGCCCAAGGGCAAGCCCGAACAACGAAAUCAACGUUAUUGUAGAGAUCAUGCCAGCCUGGCAGCUACCCAUUGGCCCGCCUCUAGACAAGCCCGAUGAAGAGCGAGAUACGAUAGGGGCCAUGAACAGCCGGUAUCGGAAUCUAGUCCGGAACGCGCGAGCUCCAAGGUCGCCAUCCUACUCGAUCAAAUCGACAAACUACCGAGAAGUGCAAGGCGGCGACUAUCCGAUAUACGAUGGACGUUAUCAUCAUACGCGUGGGAUGUCCACUAUGGCCCCCCCUAUUCAUUUAUACAAUCCUGCGUUUGCCCGCUUUAUGGAUGAUGCCGCCAAUCUCGCGCUCGAAGUACCUAAUCAAAUCGUGCUCGCCACAGCGGACCUCAUGCGCAAGGCAUCAGCAAUAUACGAUGACGAAUACACUCGACGAAGCAAGAUUCGCCCCGCCCUCAAAAAUGUCAUUGCUUGUGGAACUACCCAGCUCGUCAGUGACGAUCGCACAACACCAGAUGGUGGCGUCAUGUGGACGAUGUGCGGGACAGACGGAUCCCUCGGUGAUACUGUCGCGCUCUUGAUUGAGGAGGAGAACUCCGAGCUUGGGGAGGGCGGCUGCGACGCUUCUAUCCAAGCGUCAUUUUCAAUGCUGAGAUAUUGGGCACAACGCAACGCAAGUCUCUUUUUACCUCUCUGGCCCGUUAAUCAAACCCCCUGGUCUAGAAUGAUGAUGUUCCGUCUCACCGACUUCAUCUGGUUGGGCAACGGAGCCGUUCUGAAUGACAGCAGGCAGUGUCUCCGAGUCGCCCGUAUUCUUCACUCACUGACGCGCUCUCUGGGACAUCUGCAUCGAUAUUACGCCGCAUUAACACCCUCCAACAACCCCGAACCGUCCAGAUUCUUCCCAUCGCCGACUACUUUCCUUUAUUGCGGCGCACCGGUCCAUUUCGAUUAUCUCGAGGCUCUAGAACGCGACUCAGUGUGCGUCACAUUUCGGUGUUGUACCCACGAGGAUCUGCCACGUUCGGUCGUCGUCAAGUUUGCUCAGACGUACUGCCCUGAGGCCCAUGAACUCUUGGCCGAGAAAGGUCUGGCCCCGCAGUUGCUUUACUGUGGGCCAGUCGAUCCCUCACAGGACGCUCCCUCAUACCAACCACUCAAGAUGAUCGUCAUGGAGUAUAUCGAUGGGAAGACCGUUGCACAGCUGCAGGGCAGAGUACCUCCUGAAGAUUGCCAACAGCAGCUGACGCACAUGCUGUCCCUUUUGCACAAUGACGGGUAUGUCUUCGGCGACCUCCGGUGGCCUAACGUUAUGGUGGUGGGGAAGGACGUCAAACUCAUCGAUUUCGAUUGGGCGGGGAAGGAGGGAGAUGCAACAUACCCCAUUCACCUUGCUAACAACAUUGUUUGGCCGCCAGGCGCAACGGCGAUGGGGAAGAUCGAGAAGGAACAUGACAUCCACAUGUUAAAGAGUAUGAUUGAUUCGUGUACCCAGCUGACUGGGUAA